GGCAGUCCCUUCAGGGGGCGUGUCUCGGCGAAGGUCCCGCCCCCGUCACGUGCACCUAGCCAACCAAUCAGCGACGCUCCUGCCCAGGCGCCGCUGGGCCGUUCGUCGCCAUCGCGAGGCCCUCAGAGGAGCUUCGCAGAGGACUCCGUGUGGAGGUGCAGGAGAGCUGUCUGUACCUGGGAAGACACCUUGGGAUGGCGCCACCUCGGAGGAAGCGCCUGAGGAGAGCUGCGAAGGCCCCGGUGGAGGCUCCGGCUAUGGCAGCCAAUGACUUUUGGGGACAAGAGAGAAGAGACCUGAGUGGGCCGGAGGCUGUUCCUGAAGGAAACAAUCCAGUACCGGAUAAGCCCGGGGAGAACAGUCCUUCUGCAGGAACAUUUGAGGACGAUGUGGGGAAUGAAGUACAGAAGAUGCAGGAAAGGCUUGGAGUUGACAUUAAACAGCCUCUUCUCACAAAGAGAAAAAUGUUCGAAAUGGGUACAAAAGCUUCUAUCAAAACCACUAACGAAACAAGUGAGCAUGUUUGGAAACUACAACAAGAACAAAGGCAGAAUCUUCAUCUCAAAUAUUCUCAGCAGUUUCUGACUUUGUUUUGGGAGUGGAAUGUAGACAUGCAGAAAGCCCAGAAACAACAAGAAAAACUAGCCAGUAUGUUUCAAGAGCAACGAAAGGUUCUUCAACAAGCUAGAGCUGUUCAGAAUCAGAGACUGCAAAAAAUUAAAAAUUUAUAUGUGCAAUUCUUAGAGAGUAUGCAGGACUUAGAGAAGGACCAUGAACGUCUUCUUACUGAUGAACAAAGUGCAGUUAGAGAAGAAAUGACCAAGUUGCAAAACAAAAUUAUGAUGGAAGUUCAACAGCAAGAGCUGGCAAUUGUUGAAAAGUAUCUUCAAUCCCUGUUAUUCUGAUGACUUUGAAGAAAGAACUUGAACCUAAGUGCUAUGAUAGAAGCAUAACAUUAGCUACACUGAACCACAUUGCGGUAGUUUAAAAAUUGUAGUUGAAAUCAGUACAUCUUGUUUACCAUAGCUUGCUUGUUUAGUGCAAGAAUCUUUUCCUGCUAAAACCCCAAGCCCCAAACAGUUACGUGGGUAGCAGCAAUUCCACAAUUAUAUGUAUUAAGCUUUCAGCCCUUCGUUAGUAAUGAUGACUUUGUGUACUUAACACUGUUAAUUAACUUUUAGCAACAGGAUGAUUUAAUUUGAGGCUUGGCCUCCGUGGAUCUGUAUCAGUCCCAAAAGGUUCAGAGCACAUGUACAGAAAGAAGGUUACUUUGCUUUUCCUAAAGGAAAAAUAAAAUUAAAGGGUAUAAAAUCUCUCUUA